GCACAUCUUGGAAAAUAGCGGUUAAUUGAAUUUCCGCUGAUUCAUGCCCCUCCAACCCUGAAGCCCCGGACAGUGUCUCGCCGUAGAAUGCAUCCACCGUGCCAUGGCUGGUGUGGUGCCCUGCUGUGGCAGCCGUUUCCUGGGUUUCAUCUAUCGGGUCUCGAAAAAAAAAAAAAGAGGAGUGCCUUAGAAAAACGGCCACCGUGACUCACUGAGAGGGGGACGAGGCCAACACUUGCAAUUGGGGGAAUGAAGCCUCUUCUGUCCCUCAUCCUCACCCGCCGCCUGUCUUCACCACUUGUUGCUGGCACUCCACUCCACUCCAACAACAACUAUACAUCUGUAGUAGCCCCUCUCCGUAGGCUUCACCGUCCACCCUUUGUCCCGUCUACCCCGCGCCUCAAGUUCCAGAUACCGCAGACCAACAAAAAGAAGCCCGAAAAGAUGUCGACAGAUGCCACCACCCUCAAGGGCCAGCCCCUCGACAGGGCCGCCCUCGACGCCAUGCUGAGGCGGCGUCUCUUCUACACUCCCUCGUUCGAAAUCUACGGCGGCGUCUCUGGCCUCUACGACUAUGGCCCGCCGGGUUGCGCUCUCCAGGCCAAUGUCAUUGACCUCUGGCGCAAGCACUUUAUCCUGGAGGAGGACAUGCUCGAGGUGGACUGCACUGUCCUGACCCCUCACGAUGUUCUCAAGACCUCCGGCCACGUCGACAAGUUUGCCGACUGGAUGUGCAAGGACCCCAAGAACGGCGAGAUCCUCCGUGCCGACCACUUCGUCGAAGACAUCCUCGAGCAGCGGCUGAAGGGCGACAAGGAGGCCCGCGGCCUGAAGGUGGAGGAGAAGGAAGAGACAGACAAGAAGAAGGCGGCCAAGAAGAAGAAGAACAAGGGCGGUGUUGAGGCCGUCAGGCUUGACGAUGCCGUGGUCAAGGAGUAUGAGGAGAUUCUGGCUCAGAUUGACAAUUACAACGGUGAGCAGCUGGGCGAGCUGAUCAAGAAGCACGAUCUCCGGAAUCCCGCGACCGGCCUCCAGCCCACGCCUCCCGUCUCCUUCAACCUCAUGUUCCAGACCUCAAUUGGUCCCAGCAGCAACCUCCCCGGUUACCUGAGACCGGAGACGGCCCAGGGCCAGUUCCUCAACUUUGCCAAGCUCUUGGAGUUCAACACGGGCCAGAUGCCGUUCGCCUCUGCCUCCAUUGGCAAGUCUUACCGCAACGAAAUCUCUCCCCGCGCCGGUCUCCUGCGUGUCCGCGAGUUCUUGAUGGCCGAGAUUGAGCACUUUGUCGACCCGGAAGGCCACAAGAAGCACGCCCGCUUCCACGAGGUGGCCGACGUCGAGCUUGCCUUUCUCGACCGCCACACUCAGCUCUCCGGGUCAACGGUCGUCAAGAAGCAGACGAUCGGUCAGGCCGUCAAGGAGGGCCUCGUCGACAACGAGACCCUCGGCUACUUCCUCGCCCGCAUCCUCCUCUUCCUCAAGAAGAUUGGCAUCGACGAGAAGAAGAUCCGCUUCCGCCAGCACAUGGACAACGAGAUGGCUCACUACGCCUGCGACUGCUGGGAUGCUGAGCUUCACACUUCGGCCGGGUGGGUUGAGUGCGUUGGCUGUGCCGACCGCAGCGCGUACGACUUGUCCGUCCACGCCAAGAAGACUGGUGCGCCGCUUGUUGUGCGUCAGCGCCUGGAGGAGCCGAUCACUAUUGAGGAGUGGGAUAUUGCGAUUGACAAGAAGAACUUUGGUCCAUUUUACAAGAAGGACGGCAAGACGAUUGAGAAUGCUCUCCUGGCCACCACCCAGGAGCAGCGUGGCGAGCUUGUGAAGCAGCUGGAGGAGAACGGCAAGGUUGUGAUUGACGUGCCUGGUGUGAACGACGGCAAGGUGGAGGUUAGCAAGGACUUGCUGGCUAUCAAGUGGGUGAAGCGUGUUGAGAACGUUAGGGAGUACACCCCCAACGUGAUUGAGCCUUCGUUUGGUAUCGGCCGUAUUCUGUACUCUCUUAUGGAGCACAACUACUGGACCAGAGCCAGUGAGGGUGGUGAUGAGGCCCGUGGUGUCCUCUCUUUCCCUCCGGCUGUCGCCCCGACCAAGGUCCUCAUCGUGCCUCUCUCCUCCAACAAGGACUUUACCCCCGAGGUCCGCAAGCUCUCCCAGAAGCUCAGGUCGGCCGGCGUGUCCAGCCGGAUUGACGACUCGUCUGCCAGCAUUGGCAAGCGGUACAGCAGAAAUGAUGAGCUGGGCACUCCGUUUGGUGUCACGGUUGAUUUCCAGACUCUGAAGGAUGGGACGGUGACGCUGAGAGAGCGGGACAGCACACGGCAGGUGAGGGCGGAGGAGGACAAGAUUAUUGCGGCGAUCAAGGCGCUGGUGGAGGGGACCAAGACGUGGCAGGAUGUGGAGGGGGAGUUGCCGAUUUUUGAGGGGCAGCAGGAGGUUGAGGUUGUUGUGAGGUAGGGGGUGGCUGAGGAAGAAAAAUCGUAAAAUAGUUUAAAGGGUUUGAUAGUGGGGGGCGGUCAGCAAGCAAAGCAAAGCAAGCAAGCAAGCAGGGUUAAAUUAGCAGGGUGUUAUAGAGAUGGCUGUUGGACACUUUGGAAUCUAGAUGUUUGUUCUUCUACAUUGCAGUACCUGU